GAGAGGGACGGCAAGUGGCGGCGGGAGAGGAGCCGGCAGCAGCAGCAGCAGAUCCCGGUGGUGGCGGUGGUGGCAGUGGCAGUAGCAGUGGUGGUGUGCUGUAUGUGGACGACCCACGGGUCCUUUCCGAGCUCCUCCGCUUGGUCAGCUUCGCGCUGAGGAGUCAGGGCUCGGGUUCCUGGCUGGGUGCGCUGCAGUCGCCCGCUGCCCUGCGGAGGCUGGUGUGGGUGGCGGCGGCAACUGCGGAUACGACUCUGUUCGCCAGGUGUCUAGACGCCCUGGUGGCCCUCCUGCACGCCGCUGCUGCUGCUGCUGCUGCCGCUGCCGCUGGUGCUCUGGCGGUAGCAGCAGCAGCAGGCGAGGAAGCACAGGUAGCGGAGGGCGCGGAGGCAGCCCCACAGCAAGCAGCAGCGGAAGCGCCAGCAGCAGCAGCAGGGCAGGAAGGCGAGUCGGCUGCUGGUGCAGGCGUGACCUUCGGUACCGGCGACAGCAGCAGCAGCGGAGGCGGCGGCGGUGGUGGUGGUGGUGGCAGCAGGGACAGUAACAACAACAGCCGACAUGCGGAGGAAGGAGCAGCGACAGCACCGCAAGCAGCUUCUGCGGCUUCGACGAAUGCCUCUACCACAGCAGCACCAGCAGCACCCGCACCAGCAGCAGCGGGGCCGGCGGGUGCUGUCAUGGUUACGACAGCCUCCAUCCGCCUGUUGUGUCAGCGGCUGGUUCGCUGCGGGCUGUUGGAGUUGGUUCAUGGCGUGCUGCUGCAGGCACUACAAGCCAGCUUGCCCGGGGACGAUGGCGAUGAAGGGGGUGCCGUACGUCAGCAGGAAUGGAUGUACGGCCUUGGAGGCAGGCACGAAGGCGAUGGUGGGGGCGGUGGUGAUGGCCGGGGCGGGGACGGGGACGGAAGCGGUGAUGUCAGCGGUAGCGGGCGACCCGGAGAGACAGG